AUGUUGGCUUGUAAAGCCAGAGGAAAUUUAAUUAAUGGUAGAAUAGAUUUUAAAAAAAAUCAUAACCAUGGAGUUGAACCUGAAAAUGUUGAGUACCAGCAGUGUGAAAAGUUUAAAGAUGAUUUAUGGUUGGAGACUGUGACAAUAGAAGAUUCAUUAAGGAUCAUAUGGGAUCAUGUUGCUUUACUGAACCUUGAAGCUGCUAUAAUCUUGCGUUUUGCAUCAAUUGAAAGGCAAAUGAGUCGAUGGCAUCGACAAAACCAUUCACAAAAUCCAAAUUCACUAUUGCAUUAUGAUGAGUUAAUAAAUAUGGAACAGUGGCAAAGAUACCGAGUAUAUAACAAUGGUGAGAUACAUGUGCAUACAAUUGUUGUGGAUGAAACAAGAUCAGUCACAAUUUUUGGUGACAUACAAUUACUGAUCAAACAUACAUCUAGCCUUUUACAGAAAAUUACUUGGGUUGGAUCUUUUCCAGCAAAUGAUAUUGAACAAUCAUUCAAUUGGAUAAUUCGUAAUACUGCACCAGAUACACUUGCUUUUUUUGGAAAUGAUUUUUUCGAUUACUAUCGUAAUUAUUGGUUAAAUCGAGUAGACAGAUUUUUGGUUCAUAAUCAAAUAUAUCGUACAAGUAAUUUCAUCGAAGCUUAUCAUCGAGUUUUAAGCAUUCGCUUUGGUAUUCAUCCUGGUUUAUGGGCAUUUACUGUAAGACGUACUGUUCGUCAAGAAUAUAUUAAUCGUGUUCAAGUAAUUCAGCGAAUGUGGGAAUUAUGUGGAAAUGGAUCCCUUAACAUGGCACGUUUUUUCUCAUGCACCAAUCAUGUGUCAGCAUCAUUUGGAAACGAUAUAUUAUUCAAUGAUCCUGACCAAGUUAACUUGUUUUUAACUCUUGCUGUGCAUAAUAGAGAUAUUAAAAAUUUUGCACAUACACUAAUAAUGAUAAAAACAUAUAUUUUUUUUCAAGCUAUUCAACCACAAAAUAUUGAUGAUCAAGUCGUUAUCAUCCCUGAGCUGGAUGAUCAAUUACCCAUUCCAAUAUUCCGAAGAGAUAUUAAUAGAGAAGAAAAUCUUCAAAUUUAUAUUCUUGGAAAUAUUGCACUUUCUUUGUGCCCACGCUGCAAUCAUUCAAUACUAAAUGUUGUUUCUUUGCCAUGUCGUCAUUGGUUUGCUUGCACAACAUGUACAACUGCUCUGGCCUUGGAAGCAUUUGGCCCUCCUCGUGCACAGAUAUUUUGAACGUUUGUAAUAACGAGU